AUGUGUGCAUAUCCUAUCAGCAGUAAAUGUGGUGGAAAUAAAAGUCCCAUGUUGUUGCAUAUAAAGCAGAAACGGAAAGAAUUGUUUCACAUACCUGAGGAUUCGACAAAAAUGGACAUGAAAAUGUGUAUGGUUAUGCAAAAUGGUUUUCAGUUUGCAACUGGAGACGACCGUUGUAUAGUGUUUUUAUUCAAAGGUUGGAAUGUUGAUAAUCACACGAAAUAUGCUUUUAUGAUUAUCGGUACUUUCUGCAUGGCUUUACUUAAUGGUGGAUUAGCAUUCAUUCGUCAUUUUUUAGUCAAUAAAUCACAAAAGAAUUCAUCCCCAUUAAUUUAUCAAGUUUAUCUAUCAUUAGUCUAUGGAGUUCAAAUUGUUUUAGCUUAUUGGAUGAUGUUGUUAGUCAUGACUUAUGAAACUGGUGUUUUUCUUGCACUUGUGUUUGGUCUCACGAUUGGAUACUUUAUUUUUACUUUACUUGAAAGCAAGACUAAACUAGCAACAGUGAAUUCGACCUAUCAAAAUCAAUUCAACAAUACACCCUGUUGUCAAACGACGAGUUAA